GCCUAUUCUCCACACACAAGCGAGAAGACUUUAACAGGACUCACAACCAGAAAAACUCAAGAGAUUACUUUUCUUUUUAAACUUUUUUUUACCUCAGUUUUACUGCCAUAUUUUAUAUUUAAAAGCAGCUGGGCUCUAAUUUAACAUUUUUUACACUUUGGAACUUGAUUAUCUGCGAUCAAAACUCAUUUUUCUGAACUCAAAGCGCUAAUAAAAAUAUUCUGCAAUGUUUCCUGAGGCAAACAAAGGCUACACCUACGAGGAAUGCAAGGGCACUGCUGAUUGGCUGCUGGCCCAGACGGACGUGCGACCCACAGUGGGCAUCGUGUGCGGCUCAGGACUCGGAGGGCUGGCCGACAUGUUGAAGGACCAGGUUGCCUUCAACUACAAGGACAUUCCCAACUUUCCACAGAGCACUGUACACGGACACGCAGGUCGGUUGGUGUUCGGCACCUUAAAGGGGAGGCCGUGUGUUUGCAUGCAGGGGCGCUUCCACUUGUACGAAGGCUACCCGAUCUGGAAGAUUACGCUGCCCAUACGCAUUUUUAAGCUGCUCGGUGUGGAGACCGUGAUGCUGACCAACGCGGCCGGAGGCCUCAAUCAGGACUUUAAAGUCGGAGACGUCAUGAUCAUCAAAGACCACAUCAACAUGCCCGGCUUUGCUGGCAACAAUCCGCUGUCUGGACCCAACGAUGAGAGGUUUGGUGUUCGCUUCCCCUGCAUGUCCGACGCCUACGACCGUGAGCUGCAGCAGAUGGCCAUGGACGUGGGACAGGAGCUCGGCUACGGAGACUUCCUGAAGGAAGGCGUCUACUGCGUGCUUGGCGGACCUUCGUUCGAGACCAUUGCCGAGUGUCGUAUGCUGCACAAACUGGGCGCUGACGCUGUUGGCAUGAGCACAGCCCACGAGGUGAUUGUCGCACGUCACUGUGGCAUGCGCGUCUUCGCCCUCUCGUUGAUCACCAACCAGGCGGUGAUGGACUACGACAGCGAAGAAAAGGCCAACCACGAGGAGGUCCUUCAGACGGGCAAGCAGCGGGCGGAGCAGCUGGAGCGACUGGUUUCCACCAUGGUGACCAGGAUCGAGCACAACAACUACGUCUAAGAGAUGAGUCAGAAGAUGUCUUUUAGCAUUUUAGUACAAAUAUGGCAGAGUUUCAGUGGUUUAUAUUUAAUGCUAUUCUGCCUAAAAAAAAUCCCACUUAGUUUGUUAUUUAGGUGAGCAGUUGGGCUGUUUUUAGUCUUAGGUCAAAAGAUGACAAUUAAGAAGUCUUGAGAAAUCUCACUUAGAUAAAUAAUAUAUAUGGUUUUAAUGUCACUGCGCCUUAUCUGACAUCUUACAUUCCUCGCCCAAACGGCUAUUUUUUUGUAUCAUUUUAAAUGAAACUUUUUUUGUUCUAACUUAAAAUAUGUGAUCAUUUUGUAUAAAUGUCUGCAAUUUAACUUAACAAUGAGCAAAAAUCCGCUGUAAAGAUCUUAAUAUUUUGAUGUUGUUGAAAUGUGUACAUUAGUAGACUUAAGGUAUUUUACUGUGCUUGUUUUUUUUAAUAUGAAUAUUGUUACUAAAGGUUCUAUUUAUUACUA